GCUAAGUGUUUGGAGAAUAUACUGCAGUGCCAUAGGGCAACUCUUCUGUUAGUGGCGGUGGAUAUCUCAGAGUCGGACCCAGAGGCAAUUGUAACUACAAGAGCGGGCUGUUCAUGAGCACGCACGAAUCCAACUCCAACAGCAAAGACGACAACGACUUCCUGUGUAACACCAACGAACUCGAGUCCUUCUCCAACAUCGUGGGCACCAGUCCGGUCAUCCGGCAUCCGGUCGCCGUCUACCCGGGCCUCAAGCUGACCUCCCUGGCCGCCAGCGUUGUCAACCAGUUCACGGUGGCUUUUGUCGGCACGGAAACCGGAACUCUAAAAAAGAUUCUACUGACCAGAGACCGACGCUCGCACGAGUACGCCGAGGUCACCGUAGCUGAAGGUCACCGCAUACUGCCGGAUAUGAUGUUCGACGCCAGCCAGAAACACAUCUACGUCAUGACAGACACAAAUGUGACGAAGAUUCCAGUGGAGACGUGUGGUCAAGCUGACUCCUGCAACAGCUGUAUCUCAGACGGUGACCCGUACUGCGGCUGGUGCUUCCUCGAGAAAAAGUGUGUGUUGAAAGAAAGCUGUGCCAACUCCGAGGACCCGACCCAGUCCCGUUGGCUCCAUGGCAACGCUGCCCAGUGCAUCAACAUCGCAGUCGUCUCGCCUACAGCCGCCUCCGUCAGCUCGGCCAAUCAGCUACAUCUGACCAUCACCAACCUACCAACCAACUCCCUCUUCUCCUGCGUCUUCCUGGAGCUGGACUGGAGCACCCCAGCCUCCUUCUGGUACUUUGGCACCACGUGCAACACGCCAGACUUCACCCAAACUGGUCUCAGUCUGGGCACGGCUGGAUUCAGGACAGUCACUCUAGCACUCAACUCUAGUGAGACAGGCAAGCUCUUCGUCACCAAAAGUUUCACUUUCUACAACUGUUCCAGUUUCCGCAGUUGCUCCAGCUGCACCAACUCCAGCUUUGAGUGUGACUGGUGUGUGUACGAGAACGCGUGCUUUGAUGACACGCGCACCUGUCAGUCUGACAUCAUCAGGGGCAAGACGAGUACCACAAGACCAGGUCGCCAUGGUGCCCUUCACUGCCCUCAGAUUGACACCAAGGUCACCAAAGAUAUUUAUAUCCCAGUGGGCGUGGAGAAGACGGUGAUACUCAGGGGCUACAACAUUCCGGAGCUGCGGUCGAACAUGAUCAACCACAGCUACAAAUGUAUCAUUGACACGGGGACAGAGCGCAAGAUAACGCCAGCUAAAAGAUACGACGACAAGAGCCUGUCAUGUGACAUACCUGCUAUGAAUUAUCCCGCCAAUGUGGGAACAUUUGAAGCCAAUUUGUCUGUGUAUUGGGGCAACAACUUCUGGCUAGAGAGUACAUCCAAAUUAUUUGUGACCCUGUACAAAUGUGACGUGCUGGCCUCUAAUGAGUGCAGUAUGUGUGUGAACCUCAACUACACACGGCCGUACCUGCAGUGCUACUGGUGCCAGAACUCCUGCACCUACUCCAGCUCCUGCAAGCAGCAUGCCAGCAUCACCUGCCCAGCUCCACACAUUGAAGCUGUCUGGCCAUUGUCUGGGCCCAUCCAAGGUGGCACCAACGUGACCAUCUCUGGCACCAACCUGGGCACCAAGUUUGAUGACAUUGAGAAGGCCAUCACGGUGGCCAAUGUGGCCUGUAUCCCCUUCAGAGAGCUUUAUUCCCCGUCCAAGAAAAUCGUCUGCAUCACUGGCUGGAGGGGUCAAGUUGCAGAAGGACCAGUGGUCAUCAAGCUGGACAGAAGUAGCAACCAGUUUCACACCAACUUCAAAUACAAGAGCCCCAGGAUAGAGGACAUUGAGCCAACAAUGGGCCCAAAGUCUGGUGGCUCUAGACUGACCAUCAAAGGUCGAGAUAUGGACACAGGCGGUCACUUUGAGGCCUCACUUGGGGAUGUUCCCUGUAUUGUAGACAGAGAGAAGAUCACCAACUCAAGUCUGGAAUGCAUCACCUCAAAAGUCUGGCACCCCGACUACAAAACUCCCAUCAAGGUGUACUUUGAUGAGAAGGAGUACAGCCUCAACAGGAACUUUGUCUACAAGGAGGACCCAACCAUCAACAGAAUCGCACCAUUGGCCAGCAUUCUAGAGGGCGGCCGGACGCUGACCGUGACAGGCACAGAUUUCCUCACCGUCCAGCAGCCCAAAAUGUUCGCCUACGUCCCCACCAUCAACGGAGACUUCUACCCAACCAACAGCACUAUCUGUAAGGUGAUGAACGACAACGUGAUGAAGUGCCCCACCCCCCCUCUGGUGGAUUCACUCAAGAACAUUAUCCGCUCCAAGCGCAACGAGCAGGUGGAGAGGACAGUGUCCGUACCCCCGGUCAAAAUUGUCCAGCUGGGAUUCGUCAUGGAUGGUGUCAUGGCAGUGCGCAACUUGUCGACAGUGCCAAGCUUGAAGUACCAGCUGGAGUACUUCACAAACCCCAGGAUUUUCAACUUCACUGAGCCAAACGGGAUCAAAACUUUGAAAGGAGACGCUCUUAUUAUUGAGGGUGCAGAUUUGAACACUGCUGUGGAGAAGUACGAGGUGAGCGUGAUGAUAGGGAACUCACCCUGCAAUGUGACCACCUUCUCCCAGUCUCAGAUUGUCUGUAAACUCCCCUCCACCCAGCCGUCCAACUCAGCCUCAGGGGCGGGGGACAAGGACAGGAAAACAUUGCCGUAUGUCAAGGUGAAGAUCAACAACCUGGAGUUCCACGUGGGGCGAGUGGAGUACGAUGUUCCAGAGACUUUCACCUUCCCCACGGAGGCCAUAGCUGGUAUAGCAGCAGGGGGCGGCUUCCUGGUGCUGGUCAUUGUCCUGAUCCUCAUCAUCUACAGGCGCCAGAGCACCAAGGCUGAGAGGAUCUACAGGAAGCUCCAGAUACAGCUGGACAACCUGGAGAGCAACGUCCGCAACGAGUGCAAGCAAGCUUUUGCAGAGCUCCAGACUGACAUGACUGACUUAACAGGUGACCUAAUUUCCAGCGGCAUUCCAUUCUGGGACUUCCACAGCUACACGUUCAAGGUCCUGUUUCCUGGCAUGACAGAUCACAUCAUACUCCACCCUCCCAUACAAAAGAAUGGCAGGUUCCAGUUCUCCGACCACGGCCUGCAACUGUUUCACCAGCUGCUGGGCAAAAAACUUUUCAUGGUGACCUUCAUCAGAACACUGGAGGAGCAGAGGGCAUUCAGCAUUAGGGACAGAGCCAAUGUGGCAUCUCUGCUGAUGAUUGUUUACCUUAACAACAUGGAGUAUGCUACUGAUAUCCUCAAGUGUCUGCUCGUUGAUCUGGUUCACAAGUCUGUUGAAGGCAGACAUCCCAAGCUGAUGCUACGCAGGUCAGAAUCUGUUGUUGAGAAACUUUUGACCAACUGGCUCUCAAUAUGUUUGUACAAGUAUCUCAGGGAUCACGCAGGUGCCUCCCUGUUCAUGCUGUACAAAGCCAUCAAGCUGCAGGCUGAGAAGGGGCCUGUGGACGCUGUCACUGGGGACGCCAGGUACUCACUCUCAGAGGACACACUGCUGAGGGAGAAGAUUGAGCCCAGGAUUCUUACGCUGAAUAUUGAGAAUGGAGGUGAGAUUUUCCAGGUGCGUAUCCCAGACUGUGACACCAUCACACAGAGCAAGGAGAAGAUCCUGGAUCACAUGUACAAAAAUAUUCCCUUCUCACAGCGGCCUCAUGUCAGAGACCUUGAACUUGAAUGGCGCAAUGGUCCCACAGGUCCUCUGAUGUUGACAGACAUUGACAUAGCCUCCCACAACAAAGAUGGCUGGCGGAGACUUAACACAUUGUCAUUUUACCGUGUUCACGAUGGUGCAUACAUGUCCCUGCUUCAUAGACAGCAGACAGUCAAAUGUAUGAAUGGUUCCCUUGAUAACUCGGUGCUUUCUAUAGGUUCAGUCUCACCAAUCCUCAAGAAAGAUCAAGAGACGGGCUUUAAAGAAUGGCAUUUGGUGAAGCAUGAGGAUACGCUAAUCAAAGAUGGUGGCGUAAAAAUGAUUUCUGAGAUAUUCCUAACUAGAUUACUUUCCACUAAGGGUACACUCCAGAAGUAUGUGGAUGAUUUCUUCAAGAACAUGCUGUGUGCCACGCCUUACGUGCCGCCUGUCAUCAAAUAUUUGUUCGACUUCCUCGACAGUCAAGCUGAUGCCCAUGACAUCACGGACUACGAGGUGGUCCACACCUGGAAGUGCAAUAGCUUACCCCUGAGGUUCUGGGUGAACAUCAUCAAGAACCCAGACUUUGUCUUUGACAUCAACAAGCCUCGAAUUGUCGACUCUUGCCUUAGUGUUGUCGCACAGACCUUCAUGGACAGCUGCUCCACCUCGGAGCAUCGGCUAGGGAAGGAUUCUCCGUCCAACAAACUGCUGUUUGCCAAAGACAUUGUCCAUUAUCGCAAGCUUGUGGAAAAAUAUUUCACGGACAUUCGUGAGCAGCCGCCCAUGAGUGACCAGGAAAUGAAUGCAUUCCUUGCAGACAUCUCACGGACAAGUCCGAAGUUAUUCUACAUUUCCAGUGCUUUAGGAGAGCUGUACAAAUAUGUCUCCAAAUACAAAAAUGAGCUGAUGGAAGCUCUUGACCAAGACAACCAGGCCAGCGCCCAGCAGCUCUCUUGCAAACUUGGCCACAUUGUCUCCUGUAUGGAAGGGCCAUCAGGCAACAUGGCCUAUGUCUGAUAGUCUCAUUACCUGGCAACAUGUUCCAUGUGACAAUCUCCUCUACAAGAAACAAAAUGCCUUCAUUCAACUCUUCAAAUGGACGUCAAAGCAUAACGGACUUUGUCCAAAACCAUGGAACUAGUUUCAACAUUUCUGUGUUUCUUGCAACCUAUGUGUGUGAUUGUACACAACCUACUAGUACACAACAUAUGUGUGUACUUGUACAUACCAGAGCUCUGUAAGGAACUGUGGGAGGGUACACACAACUUGGUGAAUACUCUUGUACAAAUGUUUGGAAGUACUCAACUACAUUCUGUGAUAAACAUGUGAUCAGCCAUGCGCCGCAACUGUUGACCACCAAGAACCCCAACAGUUUAAUCUAGAAUUUUCCAACAAUUAUUGAUGGAUGUCCAAUUAACAAAACUGUACUCAAUCUAAAUGUUUUACACCCAAGUUUCUGUGCUUCAAACUUGAAUGACCUGUACAAAAUUCAGUUGAAACUGUGGACGUUCAGUACUAGCCAGUUACUGACCACUGGAGUAGAAAGCUUGGGACAAACUUUUUGUAUGUCAUUGGCUGAUGGUGCUCACCAGACAACUUCAUGACGGAUAUAAUGACUGUAAAUACUCUUCUGCUGAAACCAGAUUCAUGAGGAGAUAAUUCGUGCUUUACUGGCUUAUUAUCUGUAAUACUGGAGUUAUCUUUCCUUACAGAUUUAUCAUAGUGACUUUAUAGGCUGGCCAAAGUGUGUUGAAGAGACCUUGCCCUAAAGAGAUAAUGUAGUUUAUUUCAACCUAUAACUCUUGCAGCAAGGCAGAUAUAAACAAUGUGCUGAAUAGGUACUUGUUCAUUGCUCACUUGUUUAUGAUGUAACCAUAGAAACAAGGCUGUUUGAUUAGCAUAUAUAAGCAUUACCAUAGGCUUUGGUAUUAAAACUAUUUGGAUUAUA